AUGUGUCCACUGGUUGUGUUUUCUGGAGUGAAUCACCAUAAUCAAACAAUUGUGUUUGCCACUGCGCUAGUUGCAAAUGAGAAUGAGAAGACUUAUAUCUGGUUGCUGCAACAGUUUCUGGACGCUAUGAAGGGUAAAGCACCUGGGUGUGGGAUAACAGAUGGGCAUGGAGCAAUGAAAAAGAAAUGCAUGCUGUUCGAUUAUGAGGUGUCGGAGUUUGAAGAUCAUUGGCAUUAUAUGGUCGAGGCGCUUGGUCUGUCUGAUAAUCAAUGGAUUUCUGACCUUUACUCUAGGAGAAGGAUGUGGGCAACUGCACAUAUACGGGGCAACUUCUUUUGGAAUUUUCGUACAACGUUAAGGUGUGAAGGAUUGCACUCAAUGCUAGGUAAAUUUGUCCAGUCUUGCCAUAAUUUGAGGGACUUUGUUGAGCAAUUUAUGCGUUGCAUAUCCCAAAUGAGGUCCAGGAAAGCACACUUUGAUCUGUUAUCCGUGGUUGGGGAACCAGUGCUACAGAGUCCAUUUCAUGAUUUGGAGAGGUCAGCUACAAGGAAACUCACAAGGGCAAUUUUUUUCAACUUCAGGCCCAUGCUUUUCCGCGCUUGCACACUUAAGGUACGAACACACACAUGGAGCCAGACUUUUGAUACAUUCACUUUGUCGAGGUCAGGUAAUGCGCGUAGGGAGUGGCAAGUGUGUCACUAUGGUGAUAGUAACAGUUUCAAGUGCUCUUGCUUGCGAAUGGAGUCCUUUGGUAUACUGUGUGAUCACAUUGUAGCAGUACUGAAAUAUUUGGAGAUGACUAACAUACUAGACAGUCUUGUUCUGGAUCGUUGGUCCAAGAGUGCUCACUCGAAAGUAAGGACCUUUGUGGAGAAAGGUCCAUUUUGCUGA